GUGGAUGUCCUCUGGAAAUGAUGACAAUUCAAAACGAUUGCUUAUGGAAUUACUGCAUCAGAAAUCUGGGCACCCGUCAAGUGAACAGUUUGAUUUGGUUAAUGGAAUACCACAUGACAGAAGGCCCCCUUCGGAUCACCGUUCUGGCACAAGCAUGGCAAACCAGUCAUUUAGUGUUGUUGCAGAUCAAGAAUCAGGUUUCAGCAAUUCCUUCACUGUUGGGUCUUUUGGUUCUGAUUCUGGUGUACAGCCUCAGAGUCGACUGUCUGAGGGGAUAACAAAUGUUCUCGAAAUCGGUGGAUUGCCUUAUAGAUCUAAAGAUGUAGCAGAAGUUGCAGGAGAACCAUUUGUUUCCCGAACUGGUGAAACCGCUCAGGUAAGCAAUGACAAUUUUACCAUGAAAAACAAGGCAGCCAAAAGACUGACUUCCUCUAAUGGGGAAGAACAAAGAGUCCUCAUCAAUGAAUGUAACAUUCAGGGAAUGACUUCAGAGCCUCAAGAAGGAUUAGUGGAGCGGGCUGCCUUGCCUUCUGUGGAUAGAGUCGAGAUGCCGGUGAAUGUCCUCAGCAAGCAUAAUUCACUUGAUUCUGCUGGUUUUCAAAAUGAAAAGGCUGGAUCAGGUGAUUCUUUUCCGGAGGAUGCUGCUAAGGAAAAGUUGCGAUCGUCCAGUUCAAAAGCACCAGACAAUGUAUUGCUGCGGCGUCCACCUGUCUCACGAGCUGCAUCUUCUCACGAAGGGUUGUCGGAGGUGACUGCUGAUCGUGUCGCCAGAGGGAAAAGCCUUUCAAAUACUGUACCUCCUGAUGGAGUGAGACGAGAACCAGGAGUUAAUGUAGGGAACACGGAUGCAUCUGGGAGAAGAGAUGCACAAUUUCGACGAACAUCCUCCUGCAACGAUGCCGAUGUACUGGAGACAUCAUUCAGCGACAUGCUGAAAAGCAGUGCUAAGAAGGCAGCACCUCAAGAAACCCAUGCUUCGGCAGGGGCAGCAGAGUCGUCGGACGGGAUGCCUGGCGGUCGAAACAACAAAAAGAAGGGGAAGAAAGGUAGACAGAUAGACCCUGCUCUUCUUGGGUUCAAGGUGACUAGCAACCGUAUUAUGAUGGGCGAAAUACAGCGGAUAGACGACUAAUGGUGAAGGUAAAUAUAUUGUACUGAUCAUGUUCACAAUCACUGUACAGGGUUCAGUUUUGUAGGUUAAUAGGAAUAGAACAUUACAAAUACCUCAUCCUCUGAGGGUUGGUGUAAAUACAAGUGCACUCACUAUCGAUAACGGUGCACCUCCUCAGGUUUGAAUAAUUGCAUUCAUUACGUUUUAUUUGUGGUGUUGUGUAAGGGAUUAGGGAUAGAUGUCUGAUAGAAAAUGAUGCCUCUGCUAUUUACAAAAUAGACAAAGAAAGAUCAAUGGAAUUUCAAUUAUAAAUUUUUUUUGUA